AUGUUCUGUGAUGAUAAGUGGUCGGCACAAAGGGUCAAAGAGGGCUACCAGAAAAAGAAAGGUGAGCACACAGUUUUAAACCAGUCCUCACACUUCACUGGAUGCUCCAGGCUUCCUGGCCCUGUGGUGGGAGGCUGGUACAUCCUGGAUCGUCUUAUCCCAGGAAACACCAAGAUGGUGGCAUUGAAGAAGAUGACGCUGGAUCAGGGUGGGUUUGCACCUUGCUUCCUGGGCUGUUUCUUGGCCAUCGCCGGGGCACUCAACGGCCUGUCCGCCGAGGAGAACUGGGCCAAGAUCCGACGGGAUUACCUGGAUGCGCUGCUCACCAACUAUUACCUCUGGCCAGCUGUGCAGAUUGCCAACUUCUACUUCAUCCCCCUGAACCACAGGCUGGCUGUCGUGCAGGUGGUGGCUGUCGUCUGGAAUUCCUACCUGUCCUGGAAGGCGAACCAGCUGUGAAGCCAUGGGGCCGGCUCCCCUCCCAUCCCCCCACCCAACCCGGUCUCCCCCAGCCUUCUGCCUGGCCUGCCGCACCCACGCCACACCCUCCUCUAUGACUGCCCUAGCAAAUGGCUCUGGGGCCGGCCCCCCACCACUUUC